AUGAAGCUGCCGCUCCUGGUGGCCGCGCUCUGCGCCGGGAUCCUGGCCAGGGCACCCCGAGCGCAGGCCCAGGCCGCGGAACGAGCUGCACGCGCCUCUACGCCGCUGACAUCGUGUUCCUGCUGGACGGCUCCUCGUCCAUCGGCCGCGCGAACUUCCGCGAAGUGCGGGCCUUCCUGGAGGGGCUGGCGCUGCCCUUCGCGGGCGCGGCCGCGGGCCCCGGCGUGCGCUUCGCCGCGGUGCAGUACAGCGACGACCCGCGGACAGAGUUCGGGGCCUGGAGACGCGCUGGGUCUGGUGAGCGAGGUGAUCCACGCCCUCCGCGAGCUCAGCUACAAGGGGGGCAACACACGCACGGGCGCCGCCAUCCUGCACGUGGCCGACCGCGUCUUCCUGCCCCCGCUGGCCCGGCCCGGCGUGCCCCAGGUCUGCAUCCUCAUCACGGACGGGAGGUCCCAGGACCUGGUGGACACGGCCGCCCAGAGGCUGAAGGGCCAGGGCGUCAAGCUGUUCGCUGUGGGGAUCAAGAACGCGGACCCCGAGGAGCUGAGGCGAGUGGCCUCCCAGCCGACCGCCGACUUCUUCUUCUACGUCAACGACUUCAGCAUCCUGCGGACGCUGCUGCCCCUGGUCUCCCGGCGGGUGUGCACCAGCGCGGGCGGUGUGCCCGUGGCCCUACCCCCCGACGGCUCGCCCUCGGGCCCGCGGGACCUGGUGCUGUCCGAGCCCACCGGCCAGUCCCUGCGGGUGCAGUGGACGGCGGCCAGCGGCCCCGUCAGCGGCUACCAGGUCCAGUACACGCCCCUGACAGGCCUGGGCCAGCCGCGGCUCGGCGAGCGGCGGGAGGUGAGUGUCCCGGCCGGCGAGACCGGCACGCGGCUGCAGGGCCUGCAGCCCCUGACCGAGUACCAGGUGACGGUGAUCGCCCUCUACGCCAACAGCGUCGGGGAGGCCGUGAGCGGGACGGCGCGGACCACCGCCCUGGAGGGGCCGGAGCUGACCGUCCAGAACACUACCGCCCACAGCCUCCUGCUGGCCUGGCGGGGCGUGCCGGGCGCCACCGGCUACCGCGUGACCUGGCGGCUGCUGAGCGGCGGGCCCACGCAGCCAGAGCUGGGCCCGGGCCAGGGGUCCGCGCUGCUUCGGGACCUGCAGCCGGCGCUGACUACGAGGUUACCCUGAGCGUCCUGCGCGGUGGCCAGCGUGGGGCCCGCCGCCUCCCUGACAGCCCGCACGGACGCUCCUGUGGAGCAGACCCUGCGCCCCACCAUCCUGGGCCCCACCUCCAUCCUCCUGUCCUGGAACCUUGUCCCCGCGGCCCGCGGCUACCGGCUGGAGUGGCGGCGGGAGAGUGGCCUGGAGGCGCCGCAGAAGCUGGUGCUGCCCCCCGAGGUGACCCGCUACCAGCUGGACGGGCUGCAGCCGGGCACGGAGUACCGCCUCACCCUCUACACGCUGCUGGAGGGCCGGGAGGUGGCCACGCCGGCCACCGUGGUCCCCACAGGGCCAGAGCGGCCGGUGGGCCCCGUGACAGACCUGCGGGCGACCCAGCUGCCCGGGCAGCGGGUGCGGGUGACCUGGAGCCCGGUCCCAGGUGCCACCGAGUACCGCAUCGCUGUGCGCGGCACCCAGGGAGUGGAGAGGACCCUGGUGCUCCCCGGGAGCCAGACGGCCUUCGACCUGGAUGACGUCCGCGCGGGGCUGAGCUACACCGUGCGGGUGUCCGCCCGCGUGGGCUCCCGCGAGGGCAGUGCCAGCACCCUCGCCGUCGGCCGGGAGCACGAAAGCCUGCUCGCGGUCCCAGGACUGCAGGUGGCGGCGUCGGACCUGACUCGCGUGCGGGUGGCCUGGGGGCCCGUGGCCGGAGCCAGCGGCUAUCGGAUCAGCUGGAGGACGGACAGUGGCCCCGAGGCCAGCCGGACGCUGCCCCCGGAAUCCACGGGCACGGACAUCACGGGGCUGCGGCCCGGCACCGCCUACCGCGUGUCCGUGCGGGCCCUGCGGGGCCGAGAGGAGGGCCCCGCCACCAUCACCGCCGCCCGCACCGACCCCCUGGACCCGCUGAAGAACGUCCGUGUGACCGAAGCCACCAGCUCCGCGGCCACCAUCGCCUGGAGCAGGGUUCCUGGCGCCACGGGAUACGGGGUCUCCUGGCGCGCAGGCUACGGCCCCGAGAGGUCCCGGCAGGUGUCGGGGGAGGCCGCGGCGGCCCGGCUGGACGGGCUGGAGCCGGACACAGAGUACACGGUGCGCGUGUGGGCCCACGUGGCCGGUGUGGACGGGCCCCCCACGGCGCUGGCUGUGCGGACCGACCCCGUGCCCGUGGGCAGUGUGUCCAAGCUGCAGAUCCUCACCGCGUCCAGCGACGUCCUGCGGGUCACCUGGGUGGGCGUCCCUGGAGCCACAGCCUACAGACUGGCCUGGGGCCGGAGCGAGGGGGGCCCCACCAGUCAGCAGGUGCUCCCCGGAAACGCGGAGUCCGCAGAGAUUCGCGACCUCGAGGGCGGAGUCAGCUACGCGGUGCGGGUGACCGCGCUGGUCGGGGACCGCGAGGGCGCCCCGGUCUCCAUCCUCGUCACCACGCCGCCCGCCCUGCAGCCGGCCGUGGAGGGCCUGCGCGUGGUGCGGAGAGGCCAGCACUCGCUGGGCCUGCGCUGGCGGCCGGCGCCCGGGGCGCACGGCUUCCGGCUGCGCUGGCGGCCCGAGGGCGGCCAGGACCAGUCUCGGGUCCUGGGGGCCGAGCUGAGCAGCUAUGAACUGGACGGGCUGGAGCCCGGGACCCCGUACCGCGUGUGGCUGAGCGUCCUGGGGCCCUCUGGGGAAGGGCCCCCCGCCGAGGUGACGGCGCACACGGAGCCACUGCGUGUCCAGGGCCCGGAGCUGCGUGUGGUGGGCACGUCCGUGGACUCGGUGACCCUGGCCUGGAGCCCUGUGCCCGGAGCAUCCAGCUUCAUCCUGUCCUGGCGGCCGCUGGAGGGCCGAGAGCCGCCCGGGGCCUCAGAGACGCUGCCCGGCACCUCGAGCUCCCAGCGGGUGACGGGCCUGGCGCCCGGCGUGUCCUACGUCUUCUCCCUGACCGCCGUCCAGGAGGGCGUCCGGGGCGCCCCGGCCACGGUCACACACAGCCCAGCAUGUCCCCGGGGCCUGAUGGACCUGGUGCUCCUGGUGCACGCCACGCGGGACAGCGCCCACCGCGCCGCGGCCGUGAAGGCGGCCCUGGGGCGUCUGGUGUCGGCACUGGGGCCUCUCGGGCCACAGGCGGUCCAGGUGGGCCUUCUGACCUACAGCUACCAGGCCUUCCCACUGUUCCCGCUGAACAGCUCCCACGACCUCGGCGUCGUCCUGCAGAAGAUCCGAGACAUCCCCUACGGGGACCCCAGCGGGAACAACCUGGGCACAGCCGUGGCCUGGGCCCAGAGGUACCUGUUGGCACCAGAAGCUCCCGGCCGCCGAGGGCAGGCGCCAGGGGUGAUGGUGCUGCUGGUGGACGAGCCCUUGAGAGGUGACGUCUCCAGCCCCAUCCGUGAGGCCCAGGCGGCUGGGCUCCAGGUGAUGGCCCUGGGCCUGGCGGGGGCCGACCUGGAGCAGCUGCGGCGCUUGGUGCCGGGCACGGGCCCCGUGCGGACCUUCUUCGCCGCGGACGACGGGCCCGCCCUGGACCGGGCGGUCAGCGGCCUGGCAGCCGCCCUGUGCCAGGUGGCUUCUACGGCGCAGGUUCGGAAGGGCCUCGGGGUCCGAGAGGACGAGACGGGCCCCCCGGCCCCCCUGGCCUCACGGGCUCCCCUGGGGCAGAUGGGGCUCCAGGCAGCCCUGGCCGCCCUGGCACUCCUGGACCGCCUGGCCCCAAGGGAGAGCAAGGACCUCGAGGCCCAAAGGGGGAGCCGGGAGAGCCCGGCCGGGUGUCGGGGGGAGAUGGCCCAGGCCUUCCGGGGCCUCCGGGUGACAAAGGCGACCGUGGGGAGCGGGGCCCCCCUGGACCCGGCGAGGGCGGCCCUGCGGCCGGGGACCCCGGGCUGCCGGGUCUUCCCGGGAGCCCCGGACCCCAGGGCCCCACAGGCGCCCCUGGGGAGAAAGGACAGAAGGGGGACUGUGAGGACGGAGCCCCAGGCCUCCCAGGACCACCUGGGCUCCCGGGCCUGCAGGGACCGCCCGGAGACGCCGGCCCCCGAGGUGACCGGGGGCUGCCAGGGGCUGUGGGUGAGAUCGGAGAGAAGGGCCAACGUGGACCCCCUGGCCCAAUGGGACCCCAGGGGCUGCCGGGAGUCGCCGGGCACCCGGGCGCGGAGGGCCCCGAGGGCCCACCAGGACCCACUGGCCGCCGCGGAGAGAAGGGAGAGCCCGGCCGCCCGGGGGACCCUGCCUCGGGACCUGAUGGCGGGGGAGUCAAAGGAGAGAAGGGAGAAGCGGGGCCCAGAGGAGCUGCGGGAGCCAAGGGGGAGCCGGGCCCUCCUGGCCUCGCUCUUCCUGGAGACCCAGGCCCCAAGGGCGACCCUGGGAGCCGGGGCCCCAUCGGCCUCACCGGCAGAGCGGGACCCCCGGGUGACUCAGGGGCUCCUGGAGAGAAGGGCGACCCUGGGCGGCCCGGGCCCCCAGGACCUGUCGGCCCCCGAGGAAGAGACGGCGAAGCUGGCGAGAAAGGCGACGAGGGCCCCCCGGGGGACCCGGGUCUGCCCGGAAAAGCUGGCGAGCGUGGCCUGCGGGGGCCACUGGGAGCUCGGGGGCCUGUGGGUGAGAAGGGAGACCAGGGAGAUCCCGGAGAGGACGGACGGAACGGCAGCCCUGGCCCCUCUGGGCCCAAAGGGGACCGCGGGGAGCCGGGCCCCCCAGGACCCCCGGGACGGCUGGUGGACUCGGGGCCCGGAGCCAGAGAGAAGGGAGAGCCGGGCGACCGGGGACAGGAAGGACCUCCGGGACCCAAGGGCGACCCCGGGCCCCCCGGAGCCCCCGGGGAGAGGGGUGUCGCCGGACUGCGGGGGGCCCCGGGCCCACAGGGGGACCCAGGAGCUCGCGGCCUCGCAGGAGACAAGGGCGACCGAGGCCCCCCUGGCCUGGAUGGCCGCAACGGGCUGGAUGGGAAGCCAGGAGCCACUGGGCCCCCUGGGCUGCACGGUGCUCCGGGCAAAGCUGGGGACCCAGGGAGAGACGGGCUUCCGGGCCUCCGAGGAGACCAGGGACCUCCCGGCCCCGCCGGCCCCCCUGGAGCGCCGGGAAAGCCGGGCGAGGACGGCAGGCCGGGCCUGAACGGGAAAAACGGAGAAGCGGGGGACCCCGGAGAAGACGGGAGGAAGGGGGAGAAGGGAGACUCAGGCGCCCCUGGGAGAGAAGGUCACGAGGGCCCCAAGGGCGACCGCGGAGCCCCUGGCAGCCCUGGCCU